AUUUUUGAAUAUAAAUAAUGAGGGUAAUUCUCCAGUCUAAAAUUAUUAAGAGUUGAAAAUGUUACUGUACCAUCCAAAAGAUUUGAAAUAGUUGGACCGCUUUCAAUUACCCCCUUUUCCCCUGGUCCUCAUUCCUCUUUUGUUAUCUCCUCCUUCUUCUACUUCAACUUUUCUUCAAACUUGUACUUAAGAAAACUCCUUCAAAAGCUGGUUUAUUUUCAACAAAUUACAAGAAUUUUAGACAAACAAAUCCAACAAGAAUUAAAUCAAGAUGGUUAACGUCUUUAACGUACAAAUUUUCUUUGUGGUUUUCAGAGAAUCUUUGGAAGCUGCAGUAAUCGUAUCCGUCUUACUCGCCUUUUUAAAGCAAGGUUUAGGUGGUGCUACAGAUGACCCAAUUGUAUAUAAGAGAUUAUAUCGACAAAUUUGGUUUGGUUCAUUUCUAGGAGUUCUAGUCUGUUUGAUUAUUGGUGCUGCUUUUAUCGGAGCUUUCUAUUCUUUAAAGAAUGAUAUUUGGGCAAAAUCUGAAGAUUUAUGGGAAGGUAUUUUUUGUAUUAUUGCAACUGUAUUAAUUACCAUUAUGGGUUUGGCAAUGUUAAGAAUCAAUAAAAUGAAAGAAAAAUGGAGAGUUAAAUUAGCAAGAGCUUUGAUUAAAACUCCAACAAAAAAGCUUGAAAGAUUUAAAAUUGGUUACUUAUCUAAGAAAUAUGCUAUGUUUUUAUUACCCUUCAUAACAUGUCUUAGAGAAGGUUUAGAAGCAGUUGUAUUUGUCGGUGGAGUGGGGUUGAAUUCCCCAGCAUCAUCUUUCCCAAUUCCAGUGAUUACUGGAUUAAUGGCAGGUGUUGGUGUUGGUGCAAUCUUAUACUUCUUUGGUGCUAGUACAUCUCUUCAAAUCUUUUUGAUCAUUUCUACUUGUUUCUUAUAUUUAAUAGCCGCUGGUUUGUUUUCUAGAGGUAUUUGGUUUUUUGAAAAUUACGUAUAUUCCCAAAAGACUGGUGGUGAUGCAGCAGAAAAUGGUUCUGGUCCAGGAACUUAUGAUAUUGCUAGAAGCGUUUGGCAUGUUAACUGUUGUAAUCCAAAUAUCGAUCAUGGUUGGGAUAUUUUUAAUGCUUUGUUUGGCUGGCAAAAUUCUGCUACUUAUGGUUCUGUCAUUUCCUAUAAUUUGUACUGGGUUCUCAUCAUUUCUAUUAUUGGCUUAAUGUUAUACGAAGAAAAGAAUGGCCAUUUACCUUUCUUAAAGAGUACUAAAUUGAAUGAAUUGAAUCCAAUGUACCAUAUUAAAGGAAAGAAAGCCAAGCAAGCAGGUUUGACUGAAGAUGAGCAUGAACUCUUGUUCAAAGAAAUUAAAGCUAAAAGAAGUCAAGAAGGAAAAAUCGUUGUAGUAGAUGAUGCUGAUGAAAUUUCAUCUACUGAGUUGACAGCACUUCAUCCAAUUGAAAAAUAAUUUAAAUAGAUUAAUGCAGAGAGUACUUUAUGAUCAAAUCUAUAAAGAGACACACACACACACACACAUAAAAUUUAUGAGAGAUCUAAAAAUACAAUCUAUAUCAAUUCUACUAUUAUUUUUUAUUUAUGGAGUACUGAUGAGGGUCCAAAAGAUUGAGUCGAGUCAAUUAAUUCACUUUUUAAAUUACAGGGGAUAUUUAUAGGGGAUUUUUUUUUUAAUAUAUGGGGUCAAAUAAA